AUGAGCACAUCAUCACGUCCCCAAUCAGUCAGGGGUCUAUACACACCCCCAGCGGAAGAAUGGGUAUUCCUCCCACCCUCCGUUCAACCUCCUUCCUCGUCUUCAUCCUCUCCCAACCCAACUGCACCGUCCCACGUCCCAUCGUCAUUCUCAGCAGCGGUGGAAGACGAUGAGAACCUAGCUAUACCGAUGAUGGGUCGACCGUUCAACUUGUUCCUUUCUGAAUAUCUCACAACAGCGAUGGGCAUGCCAUUCGAAGUGGGUAAAACAUUAUUACAAGUCGAAUAUAGACCCAGAAAGAGAUAUGCACCAGAAGAGGAUGUGGAGGUGAUAAGAGAAAAGGAGCAGUUCGAAUUGCAGGAUGAUCAAAUAAGUAAUCCCGAAGAAGCAGAUAUGUACUUCUCAGAUCGACUUGCUCAACCACCUGCACCACUCGCUCCUCCCCCUGAGAUCGUGGUGGAGACAGAUGCCUCGGGAUAUCUACCUGAUCUCCAUCCAUCUUGGCUUCUCAACGACGACCCGGAGGUAUCCCGCGGUAACGGUGUAUGGGGUAUGAUCCGCCGAAUUCGCUAUACUCCCUCCGAGGGUUUACCGGGCCUUUGGAAAUCCCAAUUAGUCUCUACUAUUCAUUCAUUCCUAUCCAACAUCCUCCAACCUUCCAUUCAUUCAUUCCUACUCAUCCUUACGCCCAACUCACCGGUCAAUCUCGAUAUCUCACUCAGCGCCCUACCCAAUCCAGCUAUCCCCCUAGCUCUUCAAGUUACUUCUCACCUUUUUACCCAUCUAUUACUUUCUCCUUUGGAAUUGAUCCGAACGAGAUUGAUCGUUUUACCUACUAGUCACCCUAGUACUCCAUCGAGCGUAACGAUCUUCAAACAAGCUAUAGAGAACGAAGGUGGUUUUUCCAAUUUAUAUUUCCAUCAAAAUCUCUUAUUACCUUCUAUACUCGAACAUACCCUUCGACCAUUACUCACAUUGAGUAUACCGUUAAUCAUCGAAAGACAAUUCAAAAUAUCACCUGAUUUCUCUCCUAUCACCUAUAGUCUCAUUGACCUAUCUUUGGGAUUGUCAAGUUUACUGGUUUUGUUACCUAUCGAAACGGUUAGGAAAAGAUUACAAUUACAAUCAAGAUCGAAAGGAGGUGUCAAGCACAAAGAGAUGAAAUCGAUCGUCAAGUUAAGAGAGAAGAAUUACGUAGGGAUCGUAGAAGCUAUAUGGAGGAUAUUACAGGAAGAAACGGGAGUGAGAAGGAAGAGGAAGAUGAAUGAAAGGGAUGAAGGAGGUUGGUUUGCCGGUGUGAGACAAUUGUACAGAGGGUUCGGUAUGGCCGCUACUGCCCAUGUGACUGUGUUUGGCUUAGGACUAGUCAGCCAAAUGUUGAGUGGUAAUGAUGGUGGUGGAUGGAAAGAGAUUUAG